AUGGGCAUCACUCCGGAACUAGCGGAAAAAAUGUUGAUAAAAUUUUCUGGUGACAAAGAUAAGCUUUAUGAAUUCAUUGACAAUUGUGACAGAGCGUUAUCCCUUGUAAGCGGAGCUAAUAAAACGACCGUUUUUUCUAUCAUUUUAACUAAACUAACUGAUAAAGCUAGGGCAUUAACUAGAAAUAAAGAUUUUACUGAAUGGAAAGAUUUAAAAAAAUUUUUGUUAGAUACUUACGGCGAUAAACGCACAAUGGGUCAAUGGCAACUUGAACUAAAUUCGUGCAAACAAAGUUUUAAUGAAACCGUUAUUGCUUACUCCUCUCGUAUAGAAGAUUACUAUAGGUGCGUUCGUUCACUAGAUGAAAACCUAAGUACCGAAGGUAGAAACGCGUGUAUCGAGUUAUUAAAAAAUCAAACGUUAAAUGUUUUUAUAAAUGGUCUACGUAAAGAAUUGGCUUUAAUAGUAAAAUCACAAAAACCAAAUUCAUUAUCGGAAGCAAUUUCGUUAGCUGUCAAUGAAGAAAGGGACUUUAAAUCCAGACUCGAUAUUCAAAAAUUUCAACAAGUUUUCCGUAAUAAUGAUAAACUGCCUCAACCGUCAGGAAAAUUUGUACACAAAACUUUUCCCAAUAGCAACUACAAAACUCAACCUAGCGCUAGUACUUCAAAUCAAUUCAUGAAAACAUUUAAUCCGGAUAAUCGUGAAUAUCCAGUUCGCCACUUUACACAUCGACGUCAACCUAGAGCAAACUUCGACGCAAAUCAAAAUUGUCGACAAGAACCCCCAAUGCACCCCGUUGUUCAACCAAAAUUUUGCAAUUAUUGUAAGAAACCUAAUCACUUAAUUAGCGAAUGUAGGAAACGCGCUUACAAUAAUGCGAGAAACGCACGAAAUGCAACAAAUGUCCCAUCACAAAAUAUUAACUAUUUAGCUCAUGACUCUUUACCUAAUAACGAAGGGACAUCUGCCUCUUCCCAAAGUAGUAAUAAUUAUAACAUUAAUUUAAUGAACUCCGAAGAAAAUCUAAACGCGCAAGGUUCACGAGCGAACGUAGCCGCGCCACGAACCUUUACUCAGGCUACAUUUUUUUAA